AUGACACUGUAUAGACUGUGUAGAGGCAGUGGUGGCGAAGUGCGAAGAGAAACUGUUUCUCCAAAAAGUACAGAACGCCUCGUUGUUAUUGGCAACAAAUAUUCCUAUGUUUUCAACAGCGGUGAUUACGAUUUGGCCCUAUCAAGAAGUUAUACAGUUAUACAGAGAAACAAGGAUGAAAAACCUUUACGUAGUGCAACAUUUACUAAACAGAGAACAUUAUGCAGAAAUACUGCUGAAUAUCACUUUGAGAUGUGUAAGAAAGUGUUCUCUUCAGAACAUGAAACCUUUACUCACAACGAAAUACAUAACACAGAAAAACCUUAUCACUGUGAAAUACACACUGGAGAAAAACCUUACAACUGUGAAAUAUGUGGUAAAUCGUUUAUUACUAACGAUCUUUUAAAAAUACACAGAAGAAUACACACUGGAGAAAAUCCCUUCAGCUGUGAAAUAUGCGGAAAAUCAUUUACUGUUAAAUCUAGUCUUGUGCUUCACAAAAGGUUACACACUGGAGAAAAACCGUACCACUGUGAAGUGUGUGGGAAAUCUUUUGUCACGAAUUCUAAGCUUACAUUGCACAUACGCUGUCACACAGGAGAACAGCCAUAUCGCUGUGAAAUAUGCGGGAGAUCUUUUAUCUCUAAUUCUAAGCUUACAGUUCACACACGUAGUCACACUGGGGAACAACUACAGUGCUGUGAAACUUGUGGGAAAUCUUUUAUCAGCAGUAGUGAUUUAACAAGGCACAAAAGAAUACACACUGGUGAAAAGCCAUAUUAUUGUGAAAUAUGUAGGAAAUUUUUUGUCUCUAGUAGUUAUUUAGCAACUCACAGAAGAAUACAUACUGGAGAGAAACCUUUUGGGUGUGAAAUAUGUGGUAAAUCUUUUGUGACAAAUGGUCUCCUAAAAACACAUAAAGUGACACACACUGGAGACAAACCUUAUCAUUGUGAAAUAUGCGGGAAAACUUUUAUCUCUAAUGGUCUCUUGCAAAUACAUAAAAGAACACAUACUGGAGAGAAACCCUUCCACUGUCCGAUGUGCGGGAAAUCGUUUAGUACUAAUGGUCAGUUAACAAUACACAAAAGAAUGCACUCUGGAGAAAAACCAUAUCAGUGUGAAAUAUGUGGAAAGUCGUUUGUUAAUAAAUCAAAUCUUGUUAUCCACAUACGUAGUCACACUGGAGAAAAACCAUUUUAUUGUGAAGUGUGUGGGAAAUCUUUUGUUUCUAAUGGUUACUUAAAAGCACACCAAAAAAUACAUACUGAAGAGGAACCUUUUGACUGUGAAAUGUGA